CUCUCUCUUCAUCUCUCCGAAAAGGCAAUCUUCGUUUCUCAUGCUUUUUUCUUUCUUUCUUUCUAAUCAAAACAAAACCGAAAUGGAAACGUCACACACACUCUCUCUAAUGUUCGUCAAAACUGCUAAACGAUAAACGCAACCGGUGUCAUUGCCCUUCCUCUUCUGAGUUUCUUCUGUGCUUGUUCAAUUGUUCUUGUGUUUUCAAUCGAAACCGAUUCCAAUGGCGCUUCCACCGGCGGUUGUGGCGCAAUCGACAUCGUCGAUUUACGUCGGCGACCUUCACCCCGACGUUACGGAUGGCCAGCUCGCUGAUAUUUUCGCCGAGUUUAAUAGCAUAACUUCCGUACGCCUCUGUCGCGACUCCACCACCGGUCGCUCCCUCUGUUACGGUUACGUCAACUUCGCGUCUCAGGAGGAAGCUGUUCAUGCAAUUGAGACAAAAAACCAUAUGGUGCUGAAUGGGAAAGCAAUAAGAGUUAUGUGGUCUCAGCGUGAUCCCGACACAAGAAAAAUGGGAGUUGGGAAUAUUUAUGUUAAGAACUUGGUCGACUCGAUUGAUAACGCGGGGUUACAGGAUCUAUUUCAGAAAUUUGGGAAUAUAAUCUCAUGCAAAGUUGCCAUUUCUGAGGAGGGAAUGAGUAAAGGGUAUGGUUUUGUUCAAUUUGAGUCUGAAGAAUCUGCAAAAGCUGCUAUUGAGAAGCUGAAUGGCUCCACUGUUGGCGGGAAGCAGAUAUUUGUCGGGAAGUUUAUAAGAAAGAGUGAUCGGAUUUUGACUGGUCUUGAUGCAAAAUAUACAAAUUUGUAUGUGAAGAACUUGGAUUCAGAUGUGACAGAAGAGCUUCUGCAAAACAAAUUUUCAAAGUUUGGAAAAAUUGUGAGCCUGGCGAUUGCAAAAGAUGACAAUGGUGCCUCCAAAGGUUUUGCCUUUGUUAACUUUGAAAACCCAGAUGAUGCCAGACAGGCACUGGAAGCAAUGAACGGAUUGGACCUCGGCUCAAGGAUUUUGUAUGUGGCAAGGGCACAGAAAAAAGCAGAGCGUGAGCAAAUUUUACGUCAUCAAUAUGAGGAGAAACGUAAAGAAAAAAUCUUGAAAUACCAGGGUUCAAAUGUGUAUGUGAAGAACAUUGACGAUGAGGUCACUGAAGAAGAGUUGAGAGAACACUUCAGUCAAUGUGGUGCAAUUACUUCAGCAAAACUUAUGCGAGAUGACAAAGGAAUAAGUAGGGGGUUUGGCUUUGUGUGUUUCUCCAACUCUGAGGAGGCAGCUAAAGCUGUGAAUACUCUUCAUGGAUACAUGUUCCAUAGGAAACCAUUAUAUGUGGCUAUUGCACAAAGGAAAGAGGAGAGACAAGCUCAACUGCAGCUUCAGUUUGCACAGCAUAUGGCUGGUCUAACUGGUCCUUCCGCUGCUUUUAUCCCUGCUGCUUAUCCUCGUCUUUAUUACACAGCUCCUGGUGUUGUUUCACAAGUUCCUCCUCAUCCUGGGUUGACAUACCCGCCUAUGGGAAUGAGGCCUGGGUGGAGGAGUAAUGGCUUUGCACCUCCAACAAGACCAGGAUUUCAGACGUCGUCAUUUCCAGCUGUUCUUCAUGGUUCCAGACAUCAGAGACAAAACAGGGGUAGGGUUAAUGGGCAAUCACAUAGACAAGUUGGUGCUUACUCUGUUGCGUAUAUGCCACAUCUGCAACAGCCUACUCCAUCAGUGACUUCUUCAGAAGACUUGAACAAUCAGCAGGUUAAGUAUGUACCAAAUGGUCAUGCUCGUGAAGUGAAUAUUGGAUCUGGCGUCCUGCCUGCUGUAACCCAUUCAGUUGGAACUGUAUCUCAAGAAUUAGAAAGUCUGAGCAGCAUGCUUGCAGCUGCUUCUCCUGAUCAGCAGAAACAGUUAAUUGGCGAACGUCUUUACCCACUUGUCCAGAAACACAAGCCUGAUCUAGUUGCAAAAAUUACGGGAAUGCUUCUGGAGAUGGACAAUUCAGAAUUGCUUUUGUUGUUGGAGUCCCCCGAGUCUUUGGCAGCCAAAGUGAAGGAAGCAGUGCAGGUGCUCAAGCUCUCAAAGACAAAAGCAUCCGGCCAAGACUCCCUUCACCCAAGUUACCUGUCUGCUGAGGUUGCGGUUAACUAAAUCUUACGGUUGUUUCAUAGUAAUACUUUUUGGAAGCAAGGGAAUGUGGUUUGCAGCUUGAGGCUAGGAUAGCAAAAUUUUUGCACUUAAUAUCUGGUGGAUUUUUUUUUUCUCUCUCUGACUUUAAAAUGCUCUUUAGCGGGUAUUUGCACUACAGGAUAUUUCUCCUCAUCUUGAGACAUUCUUUCUAUGUUGCGAUCAGACUACAAAUUCUAAACCUGUUGAAGAGGUUGAAAAUUUUCUUCUAGUUGUA